CUCUCUUAUUGCAUCGGUGGAUGCCACACUGGAGCCUGCGGCCGGAUUGGACUCUGUAUUUAACUUUCGUCCCGCAUGUUUCUCUAUUCGCAGAAGGAGGCUCGUGGCUCGACAGACUGCUGUUUCUACGGCCGCCCUAUAUUGCAAGCACCAAUGGGCAACCACGGACAUCUAGGCUUGACGAGCGGGGGAUGGUUCGAUCCAGCGCUCUUGUCGCCAGAAAACCCUGACUGACUCCAGCUACCUACGAGAUACAGGUCUCGU